AUGACAACAGUUGCUGCGAGUAAUGCCGCUGCUGCGGCCGCCGCGGCUGCUGCCGCGGCAAUGUCCAGUCUGAAGUACCUGUGGCCGACUGGUGGUACCGGUUGGCCGGGCAAAACGGGACAGACGCCGCCGGGGACUAGUGCCGCCCCGCAUGGGCCGGCCGGUGUCGGCUUGGCCUUGACGACCGCCUGGGCUCCGAUGCCUCGGGCUCCGAGUGAGGCAAGACACGAGCUCCAAGUCCCGCCGAGCCCGAGCAAAUGCUGCCUUUCAGACGUUCUGCCGAUUGUAGCCUUCACCUCGACCAUACCCUCGUCUGCAAGUGACGCAUCUUCACCCGCCUCCUCCUCCUCCUCCUCAUCUUCCUCUUCCUCUUCGUCGGCGCUCAGAGACGAGACCGUCCUGCUCGGUUCCUCAAGAAAAGUCCAUCUGUCCUCGGCUCGGACGAAGCAGAUUUCAGCUUCUCACCUCAAAUUGGUCUCGAAAGAGUCACAUGAGGUGGGCUGGCGGAGACCGACAGCCUCACAAUUGUCGGCCAUGAAUGUGAUCACAACUUCCUCCAGUUCAGACUCAUCUGCCGCCACAACCACCAGCUUAUCCUCUUCCUGCUCCUCUUCUUCUUCAUCAUCAGUAUCAUCAUCAUCAUCAUCAUCAUCAUCAUCAUCAUCAUCAUCAUCAUCAUCAUCUUCGUCGUCUUUAUCGUCCACCGAGUCCUUUUCUUCUUUCGCCUCCCCCUUGAGCAAUGCUCCUGCGGCCAGCGUUUUUCCCGCCAGUCGUCUUCCGAGUCCCGCCAUCGUCAGCGUCGGCUAUUCCGCCAAGACGACACAUUCAGCAUCACUGCUGGAUCAUCACAAAAACGACCAGUAUCCAGGCCUCAUCUACCCUCUCGACGGGUAUCCCAACCACCCGGUCAGACACCGAGGCCACGAGGAAGAGCUGCACCAAUCGCCAUCGCUUUCUCUGUCCAUCGCCUUGACAACAACAGCCUCCCAGUCGACUUCGUCCUAUCAACUCGACUAUCCGGGUCCCCAUCCCGUCUCUACCGACGCCUCCUGCCCCGACGAGACCGCCGACAAAGACACCAACAAAGUCUGCAAAAGCAGCGCUGACUGCAAUCACGACGUUCUGGCCAAUCGCCACUGCCUCGGCCACAUACACCCUCUGGACCAAGCCUCGUGCCAGCGUUCCCAGUUCCACUCGGUACAUCUGCAACAUCAGCACCAACCGCAACAUCAGCACAACCAACUGGCAUUGCAUCGGACGGUGCAAGCAUCGCUGCUCUCCACUUACGCCCAGCCCCAACCACCUUCGUCGGCUGAUCUCGAGCUCUCGGUCUCCUUCUCGCGAGCUCCUCCAGUCACGCCAGUCUCGGAGCUUCAACUCCUCCACCACACACCAACCGGCCACCAGAUGCUGACCGCCCACUCGAACCACCAACUCGUUCCACACGGCCUUGACAACCCGACGCUUCAGUCGACCCUGACCAACACGAUCUACCCCCAGAGUCAGCCGCAUCAACAUCAGCAUCCGCAUCAGCAUCAGCAUCAGCAUCAGCAUCAGCAUCAGCAUCAGCAUCAGCAUCACAACCACAGCCACACUCAAAACCAACAGCAUCCGCUGGCCGACUUCACCUCCACAGCCUCGUCCACCUGCCGACCGAUGUCUGAAUAUACCGCCGCGGCUGUGAUUGCUGCAACUGCCGUUCAACACUGUCAUGCGCAAUACUUUGAGGACUUCUACACGAGAGCCAAAGUGGGCAAGGCGAAAGGUGAGUGA